AUGGUCGCCAUCAUCGCCAACCAUCUGGCUGUCAAUGAUGGCCCCUUGAACUCGGAGAAUGCAGCGUUCUUGCGCCCGUCCGACCCAACUCUCCCUAUCGAGGAGCUUCGCAAACGGUACGAACAAGAUGGCUAUCUGUUUCUAAAACAAGUUCUUCCGCGGAAAGAUGUUUUCACUGCUCGCGAGGCCUAUUUUUCCUCUCUCCAGUCCACUGGUGUUCUGAAGCCUGGCACCGAGCCCGUGGAGGGAAUCUUUGACCCUGCCAAAACACACGAGGACUACCCAGGCAUCGGCGCAGGUCAUACUGGUGGCAAUGGGCGACCCGGUGGAGAUCGUGCUGCGCAGUUUGUUGAUCUUGCCUUGGAUGCCCAUUACCAAGAUUGGUAUGCGGAGAAGUUUUGCAACCACCCAGCAUUGUACGACUUUAUAGCAAAGUUCUCCGACUGGGGCAAGGAUACUCUCAGUUUACGCCGCACACUAUUGAGAAACAACAUUCCUGGCUCCAAGCCUAUCGGUGUGCACUAUGACCAGAUUUUCCUGCGGUACGGCGAUCCAACCAGCAUCACCGCAUGGGUACCAAUGGGCGAUAUUAAGAUAAAUGGGGGUGGUUUAAUCUAUCUCGAAGACGGUGAUAGCAUUGGCGUGGAGAUGGAAGAAGCAUUCUUCGCAAAGGCAAAGCAGGCUGGCUUGACAGACGAGGAGGCUCGAUCGGCUUUUAAUUCCAAUAUGAUGGCGACCGGACUUCUUUCAGAAUUUCCGGCUGAAUUUGCCCGGGAUCAUGGUCGGCACUGGCUGGUCUCGGCCUACGAAGCAGGCGAUGUGGUUUUGCACAAGCCCCAUAUGAUCCAUGCGUCCACUCUGAAUAAUGACCCAGAUAAUGUGAUUCGUUUGGCAACAGAUCUUCGCUUUUGCGAUUCUUCAAAACCUUAUGAUAAGAGGUGGAUGAAUCAUUACAGUUUUAAUGACGGAGUUUAA